CUUAACACAAUUCCUCUCUUUUAGAGUAGCGGGGUUUCAUUAGCCUGAGGGAGGGAGUCUACUGUGCUGAGCAUAAACCGUAAACAUCCAUAUCAAAAACUGCGUGUCUGCUCUUGAUGUAUGGACAGGAUUACAUAUUAAAAUCAUUUUAAACAAUAGAGCUGGUCAGCCUGAUGCACUGGAAUGAUUUAGAGAAGCGUGGAUUGGGAACAAGCUGUUCCUUUAGUGGGUGACUGACCAAGAAGAGAGAAAGAGGAAAAAUCAGAGAAGAACCCCCGAACUGGAGGUAGAUAAAAUCUGGACAUGGCACACCUUCAGAACAUUAGGAACCAGAAUUCACGAUUGAAUCCUGAGGAAUACUUCACUAAAUUGGAACGAAUUGGUAAAGGCUCUUUUGGAGAGGUGUACAAGGGCAUAAACAACCGCACAAAAGAGGUGGUGGCCAUUAAGAUUAUUGACUUGGAGGAAGCAGAGGAUGAGAUUGAAGACAUCCAGCAGGAGAUCACGGUCCUCAGCCAGUGUGACAGCCCUUAUGUCACCAAAUACUACGGCUCCUAUCUGACGGGCUCUAAGCUAUGGAUAAUCAUGGAAUAUUUGGGAGGUGGAUCGGCUCUGGACCUGCUAAGGCCGGGACCUUUGGAAGAAGCAUACAUCGCCACCAUUAUCCGAGAAAUACUGAAAGGACUCGACUACCUCCACUCCGAGAGGAAGAUUCAUAGAGAUAUCAAAGCGGCCAAUGUGUUACUCUCCGAACAUGGAGAAGUCAAGCUGGCGGACUUUGGAGUGGCUGGCCAGUUAACAGACACACAGAUUAAGAGAAACACAUUUGUAGGAACUCCAUUUUGGAUGGCACCAGAGGUUAUCAAACAGUCUGCAUAUGACUUCAAGGCUGACAUCUGGUCAUUGGGUAUCACAGCCAUCGAGCUGGCUAAAGGAGAGCCACCCAACUCCGAACUUCACCCCAUGAGAGUCUUGUUCCUCAUCCCUAAAAAUAACCCACCCACGCUGGAAGGGUCCUACAGCAAAGCCUUUAAGGACUUUGUUGAAACUUGUCUCAAUAAAGAUCCACGAUUUAGACCGACAGCCAAAGAGCUUCUGAAACACAAGUUCAUCACCCGUUACACCAAGAAAACCUCAUACCUGGCAGAGCUCAUUGAUCGAUACCGCCGCUGGAAAUCAGAGGGCCACGGGGACGAAUCAAGCUCUGAUGACUCUGACAUGGAUGGGGAGGGAGAUGACAGGGACCAGUGUCCUGUGUGGACUUUCCCCACUGUGCGGCCCACUUCCAUGAACAAGUUACAAAGAGGUUUCAGUCAUUUAGACAAUAAGACAUCAGAUGUUAUGAAGAGGCAGCCAAAGUCACCAUCUCUAAAAACAGUCAUCACACCCAUCUUCAGAGAGCUGAAGGAGAAGCGGCGUGUUAGCAGGAGCGCUGUAUGUGCCCUGGAAGAACUGGAAAACGCUUUCAGCCUCGCAGAGGAGUCCAGCCCUGGAAUCUCUGACCGUUUACUCAAUAACAUUACAGAGAGAGUGUGCAGGUUUUCAGGUCAUGCUGAUUCAAUACUGUUUACACUCAACGGAAACAGCAUGCCUUCAAAACGAUGAGGUCCGUCUGACUGCUGGUCAGCUCUGUCCGAUGGAAAGACAUGCCCACAUCCUGCUCCUUCAGCUGAACACCAAUCAGUCAUUCCAUUCUAGCUUGUAUUAGGAGAUGUUUUUACAGUUUACUUUAUAGAAUUUUGAAAUGUCUAAAUGAAAUGUAAAAUAUGAAAUGACAAACCAGGUUUGUAUGUAUUCCAUUAAAUGUCAUUAAGUACAUUGAAAUGUAAAUAAACUAGUGUAAAAAAAAAAAAAAAAAGGGUUUAUUUCUUACGUUUGCAUUUAGGACAUAAAUUACAAGGUGAAAUGUAGGAAAAGGCUUAAAGGGAUUGCCAGAAAAUCAUUUUCCCGCCCCCAUGUCAUUCCAAACCCAGAAGACUUUCA